CAUUGAUACUGAGUAACAACAUGGUUUAAUAAUCGGACACCGGUUUUCUCAGACAGUCACAAUUUUACCUUCGCGAGAAUCGAAUACACAGAUAAAUUUCAUUUACUCGCGGCAGUACCAGUUAACUUUUUUAUUUUCUAGUUCCGAUGUCCUGAAUAAUUAAUACCACAGAGGCUGACAAUUCAAAGGAUUUGAGUUCGUUUUAAAAAAAUAUUAUACAAAUUUAAAAAAAAUUUUGUUUUUAAAAAAACCGGUUAAAUAAUUAAUUAAUUAAUUAAUUAAUUAAUAAUUAAUUUUUCAUAUUUUAAAAUGAAUUUCAUGAUCCUUAUUAUUUUUGGAUCAAUUUCGAUAAUUGCCGCGUCUAAUCCAAUUGUCAAUAUAAAAAAUGGAACACUCGAAGGUACUAUUAUGAAAAGUAGAAAGGGCAAAGAAUUUGCAGCAUUCAGAGGAAUUCCUUAUGCGCUUCCACCAUUGGGUGAAUUAAGGUUUGAGCCACCAAAACCAGCGGCAUCAUGGGACAAAAUUUAUUCCGCCAAAAAAGAUCCAAAUAUAUGCACACAAAGAAAUAUUUACACACAUCAAGAGGAAGUUGUAGGCGAUGAGGAUUGUUUAUAUCUCAAUGUUUACACACCAAAAUUAACAACAAAUUUAAAACAUAAAAAUUAUCCCGUUCUAAUAUGGUUUCAUGGAGGUGGAUGGGUGACCGGUGCAGGAAAUUUAGAUUUCUAUGGACCAAAAUUUCUCCUCGAUCAUGAUGUUAUUCUCGUAACAAUAAAUUUCAGAUUGGGUCCAUUGGGUUUUCUGAGUACAGAAGAUUUAGUGAUUCCUGGUAAUCAAGGAAUGAAGGAUCAAGCCCAAUCAAUUCGAUGGGUUCAUGAAAAUAUUGCCAAUUUCGGUGGUGAUUCCAAUAGAGUAACAUUAUUUGGAGAAAGUGCAGGCGGUGUCAGUACUCAUUAUCAUAUGUUAAGUCCCCUUUCGAAAGGUCUAUUUCAUCGUGGAAUUUCACAAAGUGGAACAGCUCUCUGUCCUUGGGGAUUGACAAGGCCAGGACUGGCAAAAAAACAAGCAGAGAAAUUGGGAAAACUUAUGAAAUGUCCGACAGGCGAUUCUCGAGAAUUAUUAAAAUGUUUGAAAACAAAAAAUCAUAUUGACAUUAUUGCCACAGAUAGAGAUUUUCAGGUCUUCGACUAUUGUCCAAUGAUACCAUUUAGACCAGUUAUUGAACCCGAUCAUUCCGGAGCAUUUUUAAAAGAAGAUCCAGCAAUAAGUUUAAAAAAUGGAAAAAUCUCUGAUAUACCUUGGAUGACGGGUAUAACUUCACACGAAGGUGCUAUAAAAUCGGCAACCAUUUACGGACUCUUUGAUGGAAAAUUAAUAAAAGAACUUAAUGACAAUUUUGAAACAAUUGCACCAUUAAGUUUACUUUACGAAGAUGUUUGUCCAAAACAUUUAAUUAAAAAUGUCACACAAAGUAUUCGCGAUUUUUAUUUAGGUGAUCAACCCAUUGAUGCAUCGACUAGAUUCGAAGUAACUGAUAUGUAUUCUGAUGCGUGGUUUAUCGUUUGUGCUGACAAUGCAGUGAGAGAUCAUCUUGAUCUUUUGUCAUCGCCAAUUUAUUAUUAUUAUUUCGGGUACAGAGGAAGCGCGUCAUUUAGCAAAUUAUUUGGUGAUCAAGAACGAGAUUAUGGAGUAAGCCAUGCAGAUGAUCUUCAAUAUUUGUUUCCAGUUGGAGAACAAUUAUUUCAAGAUACACCACUCACUACCGAAGAUCAUAAGAUAAUUGAUCUUUUAACAAGUCUUUGGUUCAAUUUUGCAAAUACUGGAAAUCCAACACCAGAAAUAACAACGAAAAUUCCAGUUAAAUGGAAAUCAGUGAAAAGUCAUCAUUUGGAAUAUCUUCAUAUAGAAAGUUCUAAAACUAUCUUUAUGGGUCGUGAUUUACAUUCUAAGCGAAUUAAAUUUUGGAAUAAUCUACAAUAUCGCGAAACACAUAUUUUAAAGAAUGAUAAAACAUUGAGGGAUGAAUUGUAAAUUAAAAAAAAAAAAAUGUUUAAUCAUUAUUAUCGAUUGAAAUUUUUUCAUUUUAAUUGUUGAAAAAUUUUUUAUUAAUUUUGUUAAAGCAAUUUAUUUUACUAUCUGCAUAAUAAGCAGUAAUUUUAAUAAUUUGUUGUAAAAUUAUUAUCGUCAUUGUUAUUAUAUGUUAUAUAAUUAGUGCUAAUAUUUUAAUUAUUAUAUAUAAUUUAAUUAUAUA